CCAAUAUACAAAAUAGAUCUGGAAUCUCUUCCUCCAAGUUGUCUUUCUCCUUGCCGUGCUCUCUUUUCCUCCUCCUCCUCCUCCUCUCUCUUGUGCGUCCCUCCUCCUUCUCUCCCUCCCUCUUUCUCUCUUUCUCCCCCCUCCCUGCCUCCUUCUCUCUCUUUCUCCUCCCCCCAUUUCUGACAUUUCCCAGCGCCAUGGCUUUCCUGCAUCCAAACGCGCGACAGAAGGAGGAGGAGCAGCAGGAGCAGCAGCAGCGCGCAGAGCCCGGCUUUGGGGGGCUCCCCUCUCCAAGGACUGGGGAAAACCGGAUCUAGGCUCCCCCCAGAUCCACACCCCCUCCCCGGGCCCCCUCCCCACAGAUCCACGCCCCAAAGCCCCGUCUCUCUUUCUGUUGGCGCCUCCGAAGCGCCCCGCCAAGGCAAGGACUUCAACCGUCGGGGGAGAAAUCCAAGGCGAGAGAGAGAAAGAGAAAGAGGGAAGGAAAGGAGAGCCAGUCCGGCUCCGGGGAGACUAUGGUUGCAGAUCUGAAUCCUUCUGAUCUUCUCACAGCAGUUGGACUAUUGAGACUCUGAGAGACUUUACUGAGAGUUACCAUUCCCUUUCAGGGGUUUCCCCCCCUUCUUGUCCCCUUAUUUUCCCCUGCCCCCCAUAAAAAACAUCCAUGGACAGGAAGAUCUCCAUGGAGCCAAGGGAGAACUCAGGCACUUCCCGGCAAAGGGGGAGUGAGACAGAUUUCUUGGGGUCAUCCAUGGCUUCUUCAAAGGCCCCACCAGCUCCUGGCAGUGGUGGAGAAACCAUGAUGCCUGCCUCUGGCUCUACAAAAGGUCUUCCUGUGAGUGGUGAUCGUAUGGAGGCCGAAGAGGAGGACGAGAUCUGCUCUGGAAGAGACGUGGAUUCCACUUCUAAUGCGGACAGCGAGAAAUGGGUGGCUGGAGAUGGACUCGAGGAACAGGAGUUUUCCAUCAAGGAGGCCAACUUCACAGAGGGAAGUCUUAAGCUGAAAAUCCAGACGACAAAGAGAGCCAAGAAGCCCCCCAAGAACCUGGAGAACUAUAUCUGCCCACCUGAGAUCAAAAUCACCAUUAAGCAGUCUGGGGAGCAAAAGCUUUCAAGAGCUGGGAAAAAUAGCAAAGCUGCUAAAGAGGAAGACCGAACCCACUCCAAAAAGAAGGUUUAUGAGAGGCUGCAAAAACAUUCUGCUGCACAUUAUGACCCAAACCUACAACAGGACUUCACCAGUGACACCUUAAAAUCACGGCACCAGCAAAAAAGCAACAGCCAGCAUCAUCUCGACUGGUCAAAGAGUUCCGAAUCAGGACCAACUUCUCAAGCCUGUUUCAUUGCCCCAGAUUCAAACCGCGAAAGUGCGAGCUCCACCAAGGUCCCUGUCUCUGAAACUGCGGUCUCUUUCAACAAGUCCCAGUCUAAAAAAUCAAACUCCAGCAACACAUGGGGUCAGCUGUCAAGUAGUAAUAACAAAGAUCUUGCUUCAUGUAGUGCAGCCCCAGGGUCAAACUCUCAUGGUGUAAUUUCUCAGCCCAACAAUCUGGCUGAUUGCAAUGGAUUUUCACCCCGAGUGAGUCAAGAGGGAGGUGUACAAAUGGAAGCCCUUGAUCAACCCACUGGCAACACCAAGAAGUCCAGCAAAAAAGACAUUAUCAACCAAACCCUCCCAAACACUGAAGUAGAUUGGGUGAAAAAUGCUCAGAAAUCAUUUGAGUCCAAAAGCCAUGAGAGUGUGGAUGGGAAAAAGGACUCCAGCACAGCCAAACCAUCACCCCCCAGACACAGCCCAAACUCAGCUAACAGUUCUGAAAAGGAUACAAGUCAUGUACGCAUCACUAUCCCAAUCAAGACUGCAGCUGUGGAACCACCUAGUCACAAAAGGAAGAAACGGCAAUCGGGUAAAACUGCUGUGGACAAGAACAUCUCAGAGAAAAGCCCACCUUCUGGACACCUUGUAAGCCAUGAUGUAAUCAGUAGAACUAACACCCAAGCUGAGGUGUGCAAGAAAGAUCUGCGGGUCACCAAGCAAGGGAAAGCUAUUGAGAGUGAGUCUCCAUUGGUGCGAAUGGACAACAGUGAGGUGACCAGUAAACCACCCACAAGCAACACCACCAGGCUCAGAAAAUCCACUGUAGUGACAGCUGCUUCCCUGUCAAAUAAUAUCCUCACAUCCAGCAAACAACCAGAGAUUCAACACCCAAAGUUUGCAGCCAAACGGAGGUGGACUUGUAGCAAACCUAAAACUAUGCUCCGGGAACCUUCUCUAGUCCCCUCUGAGAAACUGAUGGUGGAACCUCCCUCGGCUUAUCCCAUCACACCAUCUAGCCCUCUGUAUACCAAUACUGAUAGUCUGACUGUGAUUACUCCCAUCAAGAAGAAGAGGGGGCGACCAAAGAAGCAGCCUUUGCUCACUGUUGAAACUAUUCAUGAGGGAACCUCCACCAGCCCAGUUAGUCCUAUCAGCCGGGAAUUUCCUGGCACGAAGAAAAGGAAAAGGCGACGGAGCUUGGUGAAGUUGGCUCAGAUGGCUCCGGUAGAGGAUAAUUCCAUCAGCGAGCUAAAAUUCCAGAAAAAGGUGGGCAAGCUUGGUGUGUUGGAUAAGAAAACCAUCAAAACCAUCAACAAAAUGAAGACUCUCAAGAGGAAGAACCUUUUAAGCCAGAUCUUAUCCUGCUCUAGUAGCAUAGCUUUGAAAACGAAAACCCAGCCCCCAGCCAAUACAGGGACUCCAACCAUUGAUGCCAGGCUAGGGAAGCAAAUAAAUGUAAGCAAGAGAGGGACUAUCUACAUUGGCAAGAAAAGGGGACGGAAGCCGAGAUCUGAGUUGCACCCCUUAUUGGAAGAACCGAAGACAGCCAUCAAACAUUUGAGGCCUGUAUCCAGCCAGCCAGAAAAUCCAGCAGUGCCUUCCACCUUGCAGUCACUUGUGGCAUCAUCACCAGCAACUAUUCAUCCACUUUCAGCACAGCUAGUGGGGUCUAAUGGCAACCUCAGCCCUGCCAGCACUGAAAUGAAUUUUUCAGAGUUAAAGACUAUGCCAAACCUACAGCCUGUCAGUGCUCUUCCUACAAAAACCCAGAAAGGGAUACAUGGUGGGACCUGGAAGUUGUCCCCACCUAGGCUUAUGGCGAACUCUCCUUCUCAUCUUUGUGAUAUUGGUUCCUUGAAAGAAGUCACACUGUCUCCAGUGAGUGAAUCCCAUAGUGAGGAAACCAUACCCAGUGACAGUGGGAUCGGAACUGACAACAACAGUACUUCUGACCAAGCGGAGAAGAAUUCGGAAUCACGAAGGAGAUACUCCUUUGAUUUUUGCAGCCUGGACAAUCCAGAGGCUAUUCAGUCUGACACCAGCACGAAGAACAGGCAUAGCCACCGGCAGAAGCAUCUAAUUGUCGAUAACUUUCUCUCUCAUGAGACUAUGAAAAAACCAAAGCACAAGAGGAAGCGGAAAAACCUGCAAAAUAGAGAUGACCUCCAGUUCCUGGCAGACCUGGAAGAGCUCAUCAGCAAGUUCCAAGUGUUCAGGAUUUCUCACAGGAGCUACACGUUCUACCAUGAAAAUCCAUAUCCCAGCAUUUUUAGGAUAAACUUUGAUCAUUAUUACCCUGUGCCAUAUAUUCAGUAUGACCCAUUGCUGUAUCUUCGCAGGACCUCUGACAUGAAGUCUAAGAAGAAGCGUGGUAGACCUGCCAAAACCAAUGACACCAUGACAAAGGUGCCUUUCUUACAAGGGUUUGGUUACCCUAUUCCCAGCGGGAGUUACUAUGCACCCUAUGGAAUGCCUUACACGUCAAUGCCUAUGAUGAAUCUUGGUUAUUACAGUCAGUACCCAGCUCCUUUGUACUUAUCCCACACGCUUGGAGCAGCAUCCCCAUUUAUGAGGCCAACUGUGCCCCCUCCCCAGUUUCAUGCAAGCUCUCACAUGAAGAUGCCCAAUACUGCCAAGCAUAAAGUUAAGCAUGGUGUUCAUUUGCAGACACCUGUUGGGAUGGGUCUUGGAGAGGUGCAUUCCUCACUGACGUCUCCAAAGGUUGCAGGGACAAGCAUACCCAGUGGACGACUUCACAAAAGGAAACACAAACAUAAGCACAAACACAAAGAUGAGAGGAUAUUGGGGGCUCAUGAUGACCUGAGCAGUCUCUUUGCUAGCAAAUCCACCACCAGCUUCUCCAGCCAUUCAGUAAGCGAAAGAUUAAAUGUCUCAGACAAAGACCUCUCUUUGUUGACUGAGAAGAGCAAGUAUAAAGAGAAGCAGAAACACCAGCAUUGUGAAACUGGGCACAAAGGUUCCAAGAGCAGCUUUGAAGUGGAUAACUUGUCGUCACUUUCACUCUCCGACACCCAGCAGUGGGUGCAGAGCAAGGAUAAAACUGACUCGAGCAAUGAUCUCACUGACUCCUGCUUGAAGAGGUACUCCGGGAAUAUUGAAAGCAGUGCAAGGUCUGAGUCCCUGGAUGUGUUUGGUGAGAUAAAUUCCUUGAGUGACAAGCGGGACAAUGACGGGAGUGGAAGCAAACGGAGGAGCUUUGAAGGCUUUGGGACAUACAGGGAGAAGGACCUGCAGACCUUCAGAGCAAGUAGGAAGGACAGGAGUUCCUAUGAUUCCUCUACUUCAACAGGAAAUACUAGUUCUCAUCUAAAAGCAGACCAGAAUUCACAUCACAAUAAAAACGAGGGUUCUACUUCUGCUGUGAUGACCCGUCGGAAACCAGCAUCUCUUGACGGCAUUGCAAUGUCCUCAGCCCCCAUUCUCUCCCUCUUACCUUCCUCAGCCACAGCACCAUCAGAAGCAGCCAGCUCACCGCUCAAGAAACGAUUCAAGCGCUGUGAGAUCGAAGCGAUCCAGUGCGAGGUGCGGAAGAUGUGUAACUACACCAAGAUUCUCUCCACCAAGAAGAACCUGGAUCACGUCAACAAAAUCCUGAAAGCCAAGCGGCUGCAGAGACAAUCAAAGACAGGCAAUAACUUUGUCAAGAAGAGGCGAGGACGUCCCCGGAAACAGCCCUCGUCUUUCGACGACGACUCCAGAGACCAAAUGCCCGUUUUGGAGAAAUGUGUUGACCUGCCUUGCAAACGAGGUCAAAGAUUUGCGCUGAAUCCUUUAAUAUUGGAACAAGCGGCCCAUCAAGAUACAAUUACAGCCACCAUUGAGGCUGUCGUACAUAUGGCCCGAGCGACCCCGCUGCCUCCGCCCCCUCCGCCGACCCCAGCCCCCUCUUCACGGACAGCAAGGGUUGGGAAAAGGAAAAACAAUUUGCAACAAUGUCUGGAGGAAGAGGAGGUGGCAGUGAAGGUGAAAAGGCACCGGAAAACAAGAGGAAGUGAAAGCGAAACCUAAUAACGGACAUGGCCAAUCAGAGGACAGUGUUGGAUGGUGAGUGUCCUGGGACCAGUGGACCAGAGCUCUGGGAUGGGACCCUCCACUCAACAUCUUCUACAUUUACAGCAUCAGACUUGCUCUGUAUUUCGGUAGCACAGCAGCCAUUCAGAAACCAGACAGGAAUGACCAGUAACAAUAUUCUUAUUAAGGGAGGGGAUCAAGAGCAAGGCUUUCUAAACCCAGCGAGUCUGUCUUUUGGGGAGACUUUCUCUGGACAACAGCAACAAUGCCUAAAGUUGUGUUUCUUGUGUAUCAGAAAGGAAGGGGGGGGUUCACCCAGAGUCACCUGAGCUUCACACUUGGCAGGACUAAUAUUAUCCCUGCCAGGAUUGCCAUCGCCCUUCCGAAUAGAGGCUUCUGCAGCUUUUAAAUAGAUGUGUGGCAGAAAGAAACAUAUCACCAGCAGCUUUUUCAGUCACUGCUGUUCACCUGAAAGGAAAAAAAAAAGCAUUGCACUUAUUAGAGUUCUCUUUGCCAUUCAGCUGUUUAAGUAGUAAGAGCGCCUGUAAGGAACAAAAUUGGCAACCCUUGGAAGUAACUUCUGCUCUCUCUUUUUUAAAAAAAGUGUAAAUUCCUCAUCUUGGUUUUAAUCUGCUUUGCAAAAAUAUUGUUAAUUUGUCUUACCGGGUUUGGAGUAUUUUUUUAAGAAUCUCUGGGCAGGCACAGGACAGCUAACUUGGGAAUCUUAGGGUUUUUUUUCCUUCCCCAUUCCUCAAAAAUGUUCCUAAUGUGAGUAAUAUAGAGAGGAUGAGUGAAGCACCCCACCAAAACCAAGGAAAUUUCUAAUGACCCUUCUGUGGCAUCAUGAAAAGCUUUGCAUUUCUUGUCAGAAGAGAUGCCAGAUUUUCACUACCAAAUUGACUGGCAUGUCCUACUGGUGAUGGAAGCAAUGGUCCACCCAGCUGAUUUGGGAAGCAGAAGAGAAUUUGGAACACAUCAGCAAAAACCAGCAGGAUUGCCAGUUUUAUUAAAAGGCAAGGACUUCAAAUAUUUCCUGCUGUUUCCACAUCAGUUGGGAGACUUGGGGACAAACAUUUUCUGUAUGUUUGCAUCCAAGCAAUAUAGCAAUGUCUUCACCUGGUUUUCCUAAGCAAAUCUAUACAUAUACAUAAAACCACAGAAACAGUGAAAGUGCUUCCAAAACUUUUCUCCCAGAAAUUUAGAGCAGAGGAAAAAAAUAUUUCUUGACAGGCAUUUUGUGAAUUCAAAUAUAAAAGGAUUAAGUGUUCUUAUCUAAAAUAUAUAUAUCUUGAAGAUGAUUGAAAUGUUCAAAGGGUAUUACCACUGCCGUUGUACUAAUACCACUUUGGACACUCUUCCCCAUCCCCUCAAAUUGUGGUUGCCUUAAUGAAAAAAAAAUACUUUGGCUUUUUUUUCCUUUUUGUACAUAUUGUAAUUAUGACGAAAAAUGGGGAAAAUCAGUCUGCAUGCACACAAACAAUGUCCUAAAUUGUCUCUCUAAAUUGUCAGUUUCACUUGUCCAGUUCAAACUCGAAGUGUUCAUUUAUUGACUAAUAUUUUUUUAAAAUUUUGGAUAUAUAUCUUCAUCCAAAACAAUUUUGCAUUGCAAAAUCCAUAAACAAUCAUUAUUAUGUUGUUUGAAGUCAAACAAUUCAGACUGAGCAAAAGUUUUGAGGGCAAGUUUCAUUGGAGUAAUCCUAUUUUGCUUGGUUUUUUUAAAAAAGAAAAAUUAAGAUUCAGUGAUGAGCAAUUUCUUUCUUUUUCCUGUAAAUUUUACCAUGAUAGGGUUGCACAGUGGUAGCAUUGUUUCUGCUUUUGAGACUUGAAAAAGGUGGUUCAGUAAUACACAAAGGAAUUGUUUAAAACAAUAGAUAUUUUGGAACAUGCUUCAUGCAUCUGAUGAAAUGGGUUACCACGCACAAACAUUCCUGUGUUUGUUUGUAGGAUACGAUAGGAUUCUUAACACAACUACCUUCUUUGGAAAUCAAAAUAAUUUUUAGGAUUUUAUUUUCUUCCAGCCAUUUUUAUCGACUUAAGGCCAGUUUAAGCAUCAGUUUUGUUGUGUAGCAGUCUUAAUUGCUAGGCAGAUUUUCCAGAGCAUUUGUUUACAUGGCUUGAGAGUACAUUCACUCUGCUGGGGCCACAUGCAUUUCACCUCCUCCAUCUCAUCACAAUUGCCAUUCUUACUAGCCAUUGAACUCCAUCUAUGACUGUUGCAGGUGCCUCUGUUGACUUGAGAAUAGAGCCCCCAUGUGUCCAACACAAAGGAGGAAAUACUCUCCCCCUCCUGGUCAUGCGGAUACCUCAUUCGAAAACCGGAAAAGGCACCCAUAUGACCAGGAACGGGAGCAGGAUGGUCCUUUUGUAAUGCUGGCCAUGCAGGUGCCCUGCUCUCUAUGUCAGUAGAGUCCCCUGCAGUUACCACGAAGGAGGAAUGGCACCAGAGUACAGUCCAGAGAGCAGAUUGGGCCAAAUCAAACCUGAUCCUUCUGUCCAGAUUGCCCUGAAGCUGUGACAUACUCCAAAUUUUUGUCAAACUCUAGAGCAGGUAUCGGCAAACUUCGGCCCUUAGGCUGUUAGGAAUGGUGAGAGUUUUAGUCCAAAACAGUUGGAGAGCUGAAGUUUGCCCAUGCCUGCUCUAGAGUAUCCCAUCCUUUGUCCAAGCAGAGCAAAAUUGGUUUUAACACCACCACCACCACCACCACGCCAAUGGGACACUCAUCUAAAGUAGCUGUGUGCUAUGAAUUCAUGCAACCUUCUAUUUAAAGUUGUUUUUUGCUGGACAAGCUCCUGAUCUCACAUUGCACUAAUAUGCAAUGUGAUAUAAAAUACAUGAAAGCUGCACCAUAUGACUCAAGAAUCAGCUUACUGCUUCUGUCCACCAUUGAUUUUUGGAAAGUCUGAUCUAUCAUUCAUUAGUGAACAUGGUUAUGAUUUUUUUUGACAAGGUGUAACCAUCCAUUCCCUACUCAGUCCCCAUUUGGCCAUGAUCUUUAUCAAUCCUGAGUAAAAGUGUUCCUGUACACAGAAUAGUAUUUUAGCAAAAUUUUGGAUCCCCCCCCCCCCCAAAAAAAAGAAGAGAGAUGUGUAUGCUUCAAAGAAGAAUGGCUUUGUGUAAUGUGAGAAUAGGAGAAGAAAUGUGGGAGAUGCCAAGGUCUGCAGCAGCUCACUGAUGCCUUUCUCUAAACAACAAUGGACAACUCAGAUGUUUCUCACUCAACUCAUGCUUCUUUCCUAAUGGCUAGCAUGCACAAGUUGUAACCCUCCAAACCAAAUCAUGUAGCUUGUUAACCAUUUACAGAAAACCCAGUAGGACCUGGCAGAAAUCAAAAAUGCCAGCUUCAUCUGUUCUUGGCUGCAAAAAGCCUCUGUGCCAUCCGUAGCCAGUGGCUAUUCUUUGCCUUGAUGGCUCACAGAUUGAGGGAUAACUCUUUUAUAGCAAGAUUGGUGCUGAGCCAUUGAACAUCUGUCAACUCAAAUGAUUCUUUGAUCCUCACAUUACAAGGCACUUGCUUUUUUCAAUGCAAAUAUAAAUCCUCAUAAAGGAAAAAAUGUUAGCAGCUCUGAGUGUUUUGACAUCAGAAAGCACUUGAGAUACAGGGAAUGUGUUCUCAUUAAUCUGAUCACUGCAGAUUUUUCUUUCAGUCCCAAUUUCUUAUGACUGAUCUACCUUUGACACCUUUAAAAGCAUAGGCACACAAAAUGGAAACACGCUUGAACAGCUGAGGUGCCCAUUUGACAACUCUGCUUCUGUGGACUUAUUCUUGUUUACACUUCUGUGUCCAUUUUAUGUACCUGCAGGUUAUUAUUUUUAAAUUAGAGAUUUUUAACAUUUUUAAGGUUGCAUUUCUGUAAGCAAUUUUAAUUCAUAUUCAUUGUUUACAUUCAUUCACACUAGCUGAAAUGCAUGUUCAAAUAUAGUCAGCCCUUAACAUUUCCUGGGGCACAAAACUCAUGAAAGGUGCAAAGGACCCCAUGAAAGCAAAUAAAUCAUGUGUUAUUUCUCAUUAGUAUUUCAGGUAGUAUUUUUCAUUCAUUGUUCUCUCUCAAUCCACACCUUCAAGUCACCUGUCAACUUAAUGGCAACCACAUGAAUUUCAUAGCGUUUUCUUGUGCAAGGACUACUUAGAUGUAGUUUUGCCAGUUCCUUCUGAAAUAUAGGUUACAGCAUCUAGUAUUUGUUAAUGGUCUCCCAUCCAAGUACUAGCCAGAACUCACCUUGCUUUGCUUCCAGAAUCUGCCCAAGGUCACCCACAGAAUUUUCAUGGCCAAAUAGGGAUUUGAACUAUAUAUUCCAGAAUUGUAGUCCAAUGCUUAAACUACUCCACCAUACUGGCUCCUAGUAUUUGAACAGGAAGACUUACCUUGAUUUGAUUGUAGAAACAUUGAAAUGUCCAAAAACAGAUGUAUCAGAAGAUCAUGGAAAUUUAUGCUUACACAUACACACAGGAGUAAGAUUAUAUAGGCAGGUGGAUGUUUCUGGCCAUGAUAGUCCACUUUAAUACUCAUCCCGCCAACUCAAAAGCGAAGGUAUGAAUGGAUAUUGCAAUGGAAACUAUGGAUGGGGUCUAUUCAUUCAAAAUCAAAAGUGUUUAGCUAUCUUUGGCUGAUUCUGAGCAAGACCCUAGACCACACUACUCUUCCAAUGAAAUGCUAACUACUAUAUGGUCCACCUAUGUUAAAUUGUCAUGGAGUCAAGGAAGAGUUAAGACAUGCAGGAAAACACAAUCCAAGCACUCCAGACAGGUGGCCAUCCAAUCUCUGUUUAAAAACCUCCAAAGGAGACUCCAACACACACUGAGGCAGCGUAUUCCAGUGCUGAAUAGUUUAUAUUGAGGGCAGAAGGAAAGGGCCAGAAGAAUCCAUUAAAAUCAAUCUCAGUACUUGUGCGUACAAGCCAAAAUGUGAACACACUGAAACAUCAGUGCCAAUAAUGCAACUGAUGAUGAAAGUAUAAUUUUGCUUUGGUGAUGUGUCAGUUUGUUUGCUAUGCUUCCUAUUUGGUCCAUCAGUGAUGAAGAUAACACAAAAGAUGCUCUGAACUCUAUCCCCCAUCCCCUCUUGCAUAUUUUUUUUUCCUUUUAAAAAGUUGGGGUGACGUUAAAUAUGCCCUCACUACCUCUGAGGAUGCUUGCCAUAGAUGCAGGCGAAACGUCAGGAGAAAUGCCUCUAGAACAUGGCCCUAUAGCCCGAAAAAAACCCACAAGAACCUAGUGAUUCCAGCCAUGAAAGCCUUUGACAAUACGUUAAAUGUAUACUUUUGAAUUCUGUGCAUUCUGGUCGGCACAUGUUCAUCUUUUUGUUUUUCGGUGGGAACUGGAACAAGGUCUAUUUCUAAUUACAUUUUCUGUUUAGACACACAACCAUUUAGCAACGAAGGUGCAACAAUUCCUGAUUUACACCUCAAUUCUAAACAUUUGCAGGAGCAUAUCUUGCUGGCAACAUUGGCCUAACGUUAUUGUUUGGAAAUUUAAUGACGCUAUGGAUUUGCUCCAUCCAAACCAUUAAAUUGCUAGCACGGCAAAAAAAAAAAAGUCUUAGGACUGGGUUGUUAAUCAGAAGCACAUUUCAACCAAGGAAAUUUAUUGGAGAUCUUCAUAAAAUGCCUGCCUACGAAGUAAUAAAACAAGCAAUCAUUUACAAGCUUGUUUCCCCCUCCCCUUCAGUUAAAGAAAAAGAAAUUGAAAUAAAGGAAAAGGAGAUGCCAAUUUUGUCAACAUGGGAAGGAAAAAAAAGAAAAGAAAUGGUACAUGCCCAUGUCAAUUGGUUUAUUUUUUUUAAUGCUGUUUCUUAAAUGAUGAUGAUGAUGAUACUAAAUGCACACAAAGUGUUAAAUAUGUAUAUACUGUAUUUCAAAAAUAUAAAAAAAAUCCUACAAAAAUGAACGGGGCACAAGAUUGUUCUAUAAGUCGUGCUGGCUACUUUUUAGUUUGUAUUCAUAAGUGGUUUUUAAAUGCCUUUUUUAACGUGUAAUUUGCAUGUUCUCCUUUGAUUGUAUGUAAACAUAUUUUAGAGCAAAAAAAUGUAUUUGUAUUUUAUUGAAUAUAGAGGCAAGACAAAAACUUGUACAUUUGUUUGAAAUGUUCUUUUUGUAACGGUUUUUAUUCAUGAGGCAUUUUUGUACAUUUAAAAAAUGGAUACAGACUUGCUGUUAUUUGAGGGUUAGGUACAUCUGGCAUGCUGAAAUGUCAUGCUUUUUCAUGAUUUUCAAUGUUGGUUUUUAAACAUUUUUUUUUCUAAAAGGAAGCUCCUUUCGCUACCAAAUCAGGUUAGCACAGUAUAGAGCACUUAACUAUUAAAAAAAAUACAAGAAAAAAAAGGAAAAAAAGUUAAUCCUAUUCAUAUGUUAUUCAUUGUGUGAAAUUAAAGGAAUUCAAAUCAGUCUAC